GUAUAUCAGCCUGUGAAGAGCAUUUUACUACAUUUGUUUUUAAGUGUUGAUUGAUAUGAAAGAUAAACUUUCUAACAAAGAAAUAUUUUAAAAGUAUAAUGUCUUAUAUGGGAAGGGAGCAUACUGUGGCAUCGGCCACUACAGUCAACAAUUCCGUGGAACUAGAAGAGGAGUUCGGACCCCUAUCCAUAACUAAACUUGAAGUAAAUGGGAUUUCAAGUAACGAUAUUAAACGAUUGCAAGAAGCUGGAUUUCAUACAGUGGAGUCAGUAGCGUUUUCACCAAAGAAGCUUUUGUUGCAGAUUCGUGGGUUUUCCGAGACAAAAGCCGAUAAGAUCCUAACAGAAGCUGUUAAACUUGUGCCAAUGGGUUUCACAACUGCCACAUCUGUUUAUCAGAAGCGUUCAGAAAUAGUGAUGCUGACAACUGGUUCCAAAGAGCUUGAUAAGCUACUGGGCGGGGGCAUCGAGACUGGAUCCAUCACUGAAAUGUUUGGAGAAUUCCGUAGUGGCAAGACUCAGUUAUGUCAUACGUUAGCUGUGACGUGCCAAUUGCCAAUAAGUCAGAAUGGUGGUGAAGGAAAAUGUCUUUAUAUUGAUACGGAGGGUACAUUUCGACCGGAACGUUUGACAGCCAUUGCCGAACGUUUCAAGCUUGUAAAGGAAGAAGUACUCGACAAUGUGGCUUGCGCUCGCGCUUAUAAUACAGACCAUCAAACACAAUUGCUGACGCAAGCUGCUGCUAUGAUGGUGGAAUCACGGUAUGCAUUACUGGUAGUUGAUAGUGCAACAGCUCUUUAUCGCACAGAUUAUACAGGUCGCGGGGAGUUGUCAGCACGUCAAAUGCACUUGGCACGUUUUUUGCGUCUAUUGUUGCGUUUAGCUGAUGAGUUUGGCGUCGCUGUAAUUAUAACAAAUCAGGUGGUCGCUCAAGUAGAUAGUGGCCCAGCCAUGUUCGCUGCCGAUACAAAAAAACCAAUUGGUGGUAAUAUAAUAGCCCAUGCUUCUACCACCAGACUCUACUUUCGUAAAGGACGUGGGGAAACCCGGAUUUGCAAAAUAUACGAUUCACCAUGCCUACCGGAGAGCGAAGCGACAUUUGCUAUUUUACCUGACGGAAUUGGAGACACAAAAGAGUAGUACAUUUUCAUUUAUUAAAUAAGUUAAUUGUUUUUAUUAAACAUCCGCAACGACCCGGAUUUACAUAUAUCCGACCAAGGACUGUCACUUCAGCAACAUUCCUCGUAUAUGCACGGGGAAUGUUUAUGCUGCUACACCAACAACAACAACACAAAAGAGUAGUGCAUUUUCAUUUAUUAAAUAAGUUAUUUGUUUUUAUUAAACUACCACAUAGUAACCUUUUAUAUAAAA